CUUGGGCCGCUCCCUCGGCAUAUGGAGGUUCCCAGGCUAGGGGUCGAAUCGGAGCUGUAGCCACCGGCCUACACCAGAGCCACAGCAACGCUGGAUCCGAGCCGCGUCUGCAACCUACAGCACAGCUCAUGGCAACGCUGGAUCCUUCAACCCACUGAGCAAGGCCAGGGACCGAACCCUCAACCUCAUGGUUCCUAGUCAGAUUUGUUAACCACUGCGCCACGACGGGAACUCCAGAUUUUUUUUUUUAAAAUGGGAGAAAAAACCAGCAUGUUGGUAUGUUGAAGAAUUGAUUACAUAGACAAGAGAGAAAAAAAGAUUUGGGUAGGGGAAAGAAUUUCUAAAGAAUCUGAUUUCUCAGACACAGCCUGGAUUUGUGUCCCACUUUUAGAAGGUGCUGUACAGUUUUAUCUAUCGUUCUCUUGCUCUUCUUAAACUGCUGGAUCAAACACCAUGUCAACCAAGCACCCAAAGGAUAUCUAUUAUACCUACUGUAACUCCUAUAGAGCAUUUGAUUGGUCUACUUUAUAUAUCACCACAGACAUCAGAUCCAACUUAACUUAUGCCUCAACUCACAAUUAUGUGGGAGUCAAAAUGAACCAAUUAGAGUUACAGGCAAAAACAUGGUAAGUUUACUACAUGUAGCAUGAUAUCCUUUUUAAGAAUGCUUAAUACAAGUAAAAUUAAACAACAUAUUGCUUAGACAUACUAUAUAUGUAAUAACAUAAGUGCAAAAUUACAAAAUUCGGGACAAUGAUUACUUCUGGGAGAGAACAGGAAUACAAGGAGAAAAAGAGCACAUAGAUCUCAAUCACUGGUAAUCUCCUAGUUUAGUGGUGCUCAAACUUCAGAGCCACCUACAAAACUUACUAGAAUCUGACUGCUGGGUACACCCGCAGAGUUUUUGAUUCAGGAGGGGAAGGUGGGGCCUAAGAAUAUACAUUUCUAACAAGGUUCCAGAUGCUGCUAGUGCUGCUCUUUUAAAACCACAUUUAGAGAACCACUUCUAGUUCUUAGGGUAGAUUCUGGGUUCACAGGUUUUCCAUUCCACUUUAUUAAAAGUGGUUAUUUACGUUAUAAAGGGGAAAAAAAAGAUGGCUGUAGACCAAAGAUGAGAGUAUGUCAUGAAGCAAGGAUUAAUAGUAAUCCAAAGUGUCCUCUUCCAAGAGCUAGGGUUCCCCUACUAAAGCAAACUGAAAAAACAUUGCUCUAGAAGAAACUCAAGACCACUUAAGGAAAAUUACUAACAACUAUUUUGAGAAAUAAAUUUGAAAACUGCUUCUUCCUUAGGUGCACAGUGACAACGUAUUGCAUUUCAGCUUUCUGGAUCUCAAUAAUCUUUUGCAAAGACUGGGCACAUCACUUUUACCUCUUGUUGACUCAACAAAAAUUGUGGAGAAAAGAUUUCCCCUUUUCGGUUCUUAUCCUUCCUUCUGGUGCUUUAAGUCAUUAUCUUUCUUCCUUUUGUCCCUCCUCACUUUUGGAUUUACUGUGCCCGACAGGUUCUGAAAUAAAAUUUACAUGGUAUUUCAAAUCCCAACGUUGACCAGGACACAUGUAGAAGGUAUACUCUUGCAAUGUGGCAACCUCUGACUUGUGCUUGAGAAAUGCCUGAACAUAGAAUUCUUGCCUAUAGGACCCUCAACCUGGCGGAAAAAAUCCGACCCAUAAAUAUAAAAUUACAGUCGAAAGCAGGACACGCAGUAUGUUACGGCAAGAUUUUUCUGCUUUCAUAACCUUUCUUACACCCAGCUCCUCCAAGCUAUCUUUCUUGCGCGCUUCCACAAUUCACAACCGCGAUAUCAGAGGCCAGCAGAGGCAGGAGCGCGGGCGUGGCGGUGGAGGGCGGGCGCUCGGGCCGGAGUUCAUUGGCUUUUCGGCCGGAAGCGGCGGUGCAGCCUGGCUGCGCAUGCGCCUCUCACACGUGCUUCUAGAACGCCCCCCUCUGCCGCUUCACCCCCGCCAGCAUCAUGCUGCGAAUUUCUGCUUUUCAGCUGCUGGGACGCAGGGGGGCGAGUAGGGUCUGGAGCUUGGAGGACUUUAGCCUACGCCACUACAGCUCGGGCGCUCCGAGUGUCCGCGAGGAUACUCGCGACGCGCGCGCCUACUUCACGACACCCAUUUUCUACGUGAACGCGGCGCCGCACAUCGGGCACCUGUACUCCGCGCUUCUGGCAGACGCCUUGUGCCGCCACCAUCGCCUCCGAGUUUCCAGCGCCGCCGCCACGCGAUUCUCCACUGGUACCGACGAGCACGGCCUGAAGAUUCAGCAGGCAGCAGCCACUGCGGGCCUGGCCCCGUCCGAGCUGUGCGACAGAGUCUCUGCCCAGUUCCAGCAGCUUUUCCGGGAGGCUGACAUCUCCUCCACCGACUUCAUCCGCACCACGGAGGCUCGGCACCAGUUGGCUGUGCAACAUUUCUGGGGGGUGCUGAAGACUCGGGGUCUUCUCUACAAGGGACUCUAUGAAGGUUGGUAUUGCGCCUCUGACGAGUGCUUCUUGCCUGAAGCCAAGGUCACCAGGCAGCCGGGCCCGUCGGGGGAUUUGUGUCCUGUGUCUCUGGAGAGUGGGCAUCCGGUCUCCUGGACUAAGGAAGAAAACUACAUUUUCAGGCUUUCCCAGUUCCGGGAGCCUCUCCAGCGGUGGCUGAGGGGCGACCCGCAGGCCAUCACCCCGGAGCCAUUCCAUCGCGCAGUCCUCCAGUGGCUGGACGAGGAGCUGCCGGACCUAUCCGUCUCUCGAAGGAGGAGCCACUUGCACUGGGGCAUUCCGGUGCCCGGGGACGAUUCGCAGACCAUCUACGUCUGGCUGGAUGCCUUGGUCAACUACCUUACUGUAAUUGGCUACCCGAACGCUGAGUUCCAAUCCUGGUGGCCGACCACCUCUCAUAUCAUAGGCAAGGACAUUCUCAAAUUCCAUGCUAUUUAUUGGCCUGCCCUCCUCUUAGGGGCCGGCAUGAGCCCACCACACCGCAUCUACGUCCACUCCCAUUGGACUGUCUGUGGCCAAAAGAUGUCUAAGAGCUUGGGCAACGUGGUGGAUCCCAGGACUUGCCUUGACCGCUAUACCGUGGAUGGCUUCCGCUACUUUCUUCUUCGGCAGGGCAUCCCCAGCUGGGACUGUGAUUACUAUGAUGAAAAGGUGGUUAAGUUGUUGGAUUCCGAGCUGGCAGACGCUUUGGGAGGUCUUUUGAACCGGUGCACUGCCAAAAGAAUAAAUCCUUCUGGGACCUAUCCGGCUUUCUGCACUACGUGCUUUCCCAGUGAGCCAGGGUUGGUGGGGCCAUCCGUUCGAGCUCAGGCAGAGGACUAUGCUCUGGUGAGCGCAGUGGCAACUCUACCCAAGCAGGUAGCAGACCACUAUGAUAAUUUUCAGAUCUAUAAAGCUUUGGAGGCCGUAUCCAGCUGUGUCCGGCAAACAAAUGGCUUUGUACAAAGGCAUGCACCGUGGAAGUUGAACUGGGAAAGCCCAAUAGAUGCUCCCUGGCUGGGUACUGUGCUUCAUGUAGCCUUGGAAUGUUUGCGAGUGUUUGGAACUUUGCUCCAGCCUGUCACCCCAAGACUGGCUGACAAGCUGCUGUCUAGGUUGGGGGUCUCUGCCACAGAGAGGGGCCUUAGAGAGCUCUAUUUCUUGCCUCGAUUUUAUGGACAUCCAUGCCCUUUUGAAGGGAGGAGGCUGGGACCUGAAACUGGUGUGUUGUUUUCAAGACUGGACCAGUCAAGGGCCAGGCUGGGAAAUUACACUAAUGCUUUCUAAAGUGGUGCAUCAAAUGAGCACAUAAGCAGUGUCCCUGUGAAAAGAGGCUUGUAGCCUUUCAGGAGCCAGCUCCCUACUCCUCAGUUCUCUGUGUCCAUUAACCACUGUCCUUUGCAUCCCAGUGUCCUUAAGAUGUCUCAAGGGGAAAUAUGGGUAAGAGACAACUUUGUUGAUACUGUUCCUUCUCAUUGUGCCUCCUUCCAAACACAGUUAUGUUAUUUGCCCAGACUACCUCUUAUGGCUUGUUUUUCAUUGGCCUGGCCUCUGCUGGGCAAAUUAAUGAGUGGGGGUUGGAGGCCCCUACCUCAGCUUUUAAUUUGUUAUAUAUGUUGGGUCACCUGUUAAAAAGAGAUUGUUUCAUUAAACCUUUAAAAACCAGUGUUCUAGACUAGAUGAUUUUUGCCCAUGUUUAUAUUUUCAGUUCUUAACAACCUAGACUCCCUGCUUUGUAGCAUUACACUUCAACCAGUAGAUGGCUCUAGUCUCACAGAUUUAAUUAUUUAACAUUGAGGUUUCAGAAUUAUUUUUUGUCUUUUGUCUUUUUAGGGCCACACCUGCGGCAUAUGGAAGUUCCCAGGCUAGGGGUCGAAUUGGAGCUACAGCUGCUGGCCUACACCUGAGCUACAGCAACGCCAGAUCCGGGCCUCAUCUGCGACCUACACCACAGCUCACAGCAACGCUGGAUCCUUAACCCACUGAGCAAGGCCAGGGAUCAAACCCGAAACCUCAUGGUUGCUAGUCAGAUUCGUUUCCACUACACUACGACAGAAACUCCAAGGUUUCAGAAUAUUAAGAGUAAGUUUGCUGCUUGCUAAUGCAUAAUUUAAAGAAAUAUUUUAUUUCUUUUCUUACAAUAAGGAUAACUGCAACCACUGUUGUUUUACAGAAAGCAAUAAAAGAAGAUCGGAAUCCUGUUUUUUUCAGACUACUGAAAAAAGGACAUUUACUCUAUUAAAUGUUUAGUAAGCUAAUAAGUAAAUAUAUCAAGUUUGUUUGGACUAUCAUAAAUUCUAAAACUCUCUUGAAGAACUUAGUAUGUUAAAAAUUUUUAAAACUUUGAUAAUAUUAGGUUUACUGGUAUGAUUUAAAAGUUCCUAAGUACCUUAUUCAGAUCUGUUCUGUUGCAUUUGUUGAAGGUGAUGGUGAAGGGAGGAAAUGAUCAAUGCUCCAGGAAUCUCAAACGGAUUUAGGGAUCACUCCAAGGCUCCAUAAGAGAACAUCACAGAGAAGAUGUUAAGGUAUCAAUUUAUGCAAUGACUGCAACACAGUAAAGCCAACAUUAUAUCCCAUAGGUGAUUGGAUAGCUAGGGCAAAGUUUAAAAUGAGAACUUGCCUUGAGAUAUCCAUUCUAAGCAUGGUAGCAAGCAGAGAGGGCUCACUAUGAAGUAAACUAUUGUGCUGGUAGUUCCCCCAGAUUUAUUCUGGAUGGUACUGUUCAGCUCCAGUUUCUGUUUAUUAAUUGGUGUGGUGAGAGAUUUCUGGUUGCUUGGAAACAUAGCUUAGAAAAGAAUGCUUGAAGGCAUUCUAAAUGUGUAAGGGCCAUUUAUACCAAUGUUCCUUCAGAUCCUCCUUAUUCUUCAUGAUGGAAUCCUGGGCUUUCCAUAUGACAUAUUCCAGUUACUUGCUGGGAUUACUAGGGUAGAUUACUGGGAUCUAGGAUGGAGUGUAAUUAUCUCCUAGGGCUUGAUAGCAGAGUAAUGAAAGAGAUGGGAUAUGUUUACAUGAAUGAAGGAAAACAGACUUGGAAAACCAGUGUUGAUAGCCUGUGCCUUCUAAGCACCAUUAUAAGUCUUAUAGUUCCUAUCAUGAACUGAGGGACAGUGUCUUCCACUUGAGUGAUCUUCCCUAUGGACUAAUGCUGGUCAGUACACUGGACCUUGGCUUGCUGGGUGUUAAUGGAAUUCCUUUUGUGCCGUCUGUCAUUUGUGUAGGCACUUAACUGCUACCAGGAUAUUUGUGGUAUUGGAGGACACAGGAAAACAGAGGAAUCAAAGAGAAGAGGGCAUAAUUAUUAGAGAAGACAGGAUAUUUGAGUGUGAAAUAUGCUAAGUUGGAUAUAACUUAUUCUGUGGUGAUAUGGAAGAUGAACCAGUUGGAUUCUCUGUAUUAGGCAAAAUAGGUAAAGCAGAUAUCCUUUGGGUACUAAGUUGAUGUGUUCAGUUUGAUCCAGCAGUUUAAGAAUCGCAAGUGGAGGAUAGGUGAAACUUAAAACUAGAGGGCAUGCACUUCCAAGAGAGGACAUGCUAACUACUUGUGGGAGAUGAUGAUAACACUUGUAGACAUCUAAAAAUUCCCCUAUUCCAGAACUGCUAACACCUUAUCUGGCAUCUUGUGGAUUCCUUGACCAUAAAGGAAGUUUCUUCCAAAUACUACUGUUAGGCCCUCAAAUAUUCAUUUUUGAGUAUUCUUGCAGGCAGUGUUGCAGAGGUGAGAGAGCACUAAUCAGGUGUUCACAGGAUGUCACGUUAAAGUAAUGAUAAGCUGUCAACCCACUAGACCAUAGUCCUAUCUAUGAAGUCAUGCAAGAAGUUGUGGGCAAUGUAUAUGGGACCAUUGUAUAUUAUAUUGUAUAUUGUAUGACUUACAAGCAAAAUCAUCAAAUAGACACCUUAGACUAAGUCAGAAGAUCUGUGGUUAUAUGCGGAUCAAUAUUAGGCGGGAACAGUCACAGUUACAGUCUCAUUUCAUUGAAACUCACACUUACUCUGGAAGUAGGCCUCAUUAUUUUUCUUACCUACCUGUGUGGCUCUGUAUGGGCUGAGAAGAGUCAGGUAAAUUGAAUAUUGAGUUGAUGCACUCAAGAAGGCUUAGGCUGGGACAUGGGCUCUGAGGCACAGGCCUUUUAUUCCCCCCAUAGUUGCACCUGUGAUUGGCACAUAACUCUUUAGAUCUAGGGAGUUCCGAAACUGAAGUAAAGACAGUAGUUGGUUAGGUUGUGGGCCUCCAACUAGGAUGACUUAAAAUCAUGAAGUAGCUUGGGUAGAAGGUGACAGUACUAACCAUUUAUCAGACUAUUUCCUGGGCAUUGUGGUAGGAAUGGUCUUCUGGCUCUCUGACUGCUCCACAUCUGAGUGAGUGUGUAGUUGUAGUGUCAGACUACAUUAGUGUAACCUUGAGUUAUGGUGGGGAGGCCAUAACUUGGUCCAUAAAGCUGCUGUAUGAUAAUCUAUAACUGCCUCCUAAAGGCAGUUCCCUCCUAUCCAUAGUUCUACCAGAUGUAGAACAACUGUUCUUGCUGGUGAGGUAUGGGAGUCUGUAAACCUUGAUGGGUCCUUGCCCUCAUCUUUGACCAGAAUGAGUAGUAUCAGUGGACGUAAAAGGGUGUGGACCUAUUGGCAGUCAUGUGUCUGCAAAAGUCAACUAGUUCAGGGAGCUUAGGGUUGGGGGAAUCUAGGACACAAGUUGGGGUAAACAAGAGUACAGGUUAGGGGGAUUAAUUCUGGAAGAAUACCAUAGAGUCCCUUAUAGAACUAAGAGUAUGAAAUAUAUCAUUUCAGCACAACACAGCUGGCUCUGCCUCUUCCUUUUUUUUUUUUUUUUUAAUCUUUUUGGUCUUUUUGUCCUUUUAGGGCCACACCCACGGCACAUGGAGGUUCCCUGGCUAGAGGUCUAAUUGGAGCUGUUGCUACCAGCCUACGCCAGAGCCACAGCAACACCAGAUCCAAGCCUGAGUCUGUAACCUACACCACAGCUCAUGGCAACGCCAGAUCCUUAACCCACUGAGUGACGCCAGGGGUCGAACUCACAACCUUAUGGUUCCUAGUUGGAUUUAUUUCCACUGCGCUACAACGGGAACUCCAGCCCCUUCCUUUUGAAGGAGCUUUGGAUAGGACUGGUUAACUUCUAUCAGUAAUAACAUGCUAAAUUUGGAGGUUAGUAUUGCUGGGAGGGCCAGAACAGUAACAACCAAGUUAAUUAAGGUUAAUUAGUGGGCAGACACAACCUAGAAUAGAUUUACAAGGAGAUCCCGCUGAAUAGCAUUGAGAACUAUGUCUAGAUACUCAUGUCGCAACAGAAGAAAGGGUGGGGGAAAAAACUGUAACUGCAAUGUAUACAUCUAAGGAUGACCUGACCCCCUUGCUGUACAGUGGGAAAAUAAAAAAAAAAAAAAAAAAAAAGGUUAAUUAGUGGGGAUUUUAACCUUUCAAGAAGAGUGUCUUAUUCUUUUUUGAGGCAGAUGAUAGAAGCCCAGCCUAAGCUGCUUUUUUCUAUUAUCAAGAACUACUUUGAGUUGAGGGGAAGGGACUAACCAGUUUAGAAAUGAGAUGGACUCCUCCUUAGUUUUUAGACAGCCCUGUAGUUUUUAAGUAAUCCUUAGCUACCUCUAAAUCCACAGAAUUAAAUGGAGCCAUCUAAUGGAAUAGGUGAUCAUUUUGAAAAUACUCUACUUAAGCUUUUAUAACAUUGAUCAGUUUGUACUUUUAUUUCCAUGAUGAAGAAAGGGUAUCUUCUUAUGGCCUUAACAACUAGAAAUAAUACACUCUCUACUGUGCCUCUUCUCUUGAAUAGCUAUUGAGAGUGUCAUCCUUACUUGGAUCUUUGCUAAAGUAAGGCGAGGCUAUGGAAUAGAAAUUCACCCUUGGCUGCAAACUGAAUUUUACUGCCAUUUGGUCUGUGAUAGUUUAGUCACUAUGGAUUUUAAAGUCCACAGCUCCUCACUUAAGAACAAAAUGGUAUGAAAUGUCAGGUUGUUUCAAGAAACCAAAUGUAUGAUCUGCAAGAAGAAAAUUCUAGCUCCAAGAGAGAUGAGCCCUGCUUUGAAGUCAUUAAGGAAUUUUGGAUGAAACAUCUAUGGAGGGCUCAAUGUGUAAGCUGGAGGGUCAGCUCUAGGAAUAACUGUGGAAAUGGGUGAUGCCAAUUUUCUUAGUGUAUGGCAUGAGUAAAUAUGGUACUAACCUCCCUACGCUAAAGCCAUGCUUUGUACAUACAGCCCCUCAUUAGUUGACAGUCACUGGUCUGUGGGACUAAACAUGAAGAUGAACCUUUAGGAACUAGUUUAUGAUUGACUGUUAACAGAUUGGAAUUGUUUUAUUCUCUUAAUUCAGUACAUUCAAUAACAAUGUGACUAAUUACACAUUUUUUUCCUGAUUAAAAUAUUUUAAAAAGGGUAAUAACAUUUAGUUUGGAACACAUUAAAUAUGAAAGCAUCAGUAACUUGGCUUCCUUUGAACCGAUUUAGAAAUGUCUAUUGGUUAAAAGGCUUUAGUAAAUAUUAAAAAUAUGAAAUUAAAAAGCAUGUUACAUAAUUUCAUUAACCACUAAAAUAAUACAAACAAUAUAUUUCUUCCUAAGCAGAUGAAAUGUUAAAGAAGACUCAAUCCAAUAGAAGACAGGGAGGAAAAAGGAAGGUCAAUGAAAAAUAUGGUAAAAGAAAACUCAUAAUAAGAUGGUAGAAAAAAAUACAAAUAUAUCAGUAAUCAUAAUAAAACCAAAUAUUAUAGGAUGAACUUUUGUCAAAAGAAAGCAAUAUUCAAGCUUAAAUUUUGAAAGUUAGCUAUGUAUAGUUAAAAGGUAUAUACUAAAAUAUAAUAGAAAAUAACACAUGAAGGAGCACCAGGCAUAUAUUAACCAAAAGAAAGCUGGUAUCAUAAUGUUAGUAGAUAACCUAUUUUGAGGGGAAAACCAUUACCAAAGGUAAAGUGAGACUUAAGGAAUAAUGUACUAAGUUGUAACAAUUAUGACCUUGUAUGAUCUAACAACAGCCUCAAAAUGUAAAAAUUUAAAAUUGAAAAUGACAAGAAACGUUCAAGUUUGGUAAGAAAUGAAACUGCCAUUUGUGGGUUCAGAGAAACCAGGCAAUGGGAAAGAUAUAAUAACUCAUACUAGACAUUAGCUUUUCUGUCUUUAAUGCUCAUUACCAAGUGUAUCAUCACUGCUAAGUGUAGAAAAAAAAAAUGAAAAACUUAACAGGUAAGAUUUUGUGACUCUAAAACUUUUGUCUUUUUCCAUGCCUGCCUCUGUGAAAAUAACAACAUGCUUUUUGAAUAGAAAUGUCAGCAGUUAUACCUGUUCAGUAAGUCUUCUCUGGAUUAUCAAAAGAGGAGGAUCCCAUCGCCAUAAUUUGCCAAAUUUUCUAGUUGUUGGUUCAGUAAUAAGUGAAGGUGAAGGGAGAGAACCACUAGUUCAGUGUUCCUUAUUUGUGUCCUCUCAUUUACUUUUUUUUUUUGUCUUUUUGCCAUUUCUUGGGCCGCUCCUGCGGCAUAUGGAGGUUCCCAGGCUAGGGGUCUAAUCAGAGCUGUAGCCGCUGGCCUACAGCAGAAACACAGCAACACGGGAUGCAAGCCAUGUCUGCAACCUACACCACAGCUCACGGCAACGCCCGGAUCGUUCACCCACUGAGCAAGGUCAGGGAUUGAACCUCAACCUCAUGGUUCCUAGUCAGAUUUGUUAACCACUGCGCCAUGACAGGAACUCCCUCUCAUUUACUUUUCCAUCAACUUUAUGAAGUAUUAUUCUAACUCUGUUUAACUGAUAAGAAAUUGAGACACAGCGUGAUUAAGUAACUUGGCUAUUACAGCUUGUAAAAUGAGAGCCCCAGACUCAAACUUGUUUUAGUGGCAGAGCCUCACAUUAUCCUCAGCACCAACACCAUGACAGUCCCUGAGUGCAUACUGGGCAUUAUAUUGUGGGGAAGAGGAGGUAGUAAAGUCAGGUCCAGAGAUCUGAAGAGGGUAAGUCUAAAUAAGAAUCCUUGGUUGAAACAUAGCAAUGAGUGUUUCAAGACAAGAAAUGAGUUCUUGAUAGCUAGCUUAUGAAACAGAUGAUUGACAAAAAAUACUUACCUUAUCAUGAAAUGUAUUUCUCUUUUGCUUUCAAUGGGUUUCCUUUAUAUCUGAAGCCUGCUAUGUGUGCUGGUGUAAAUUGUUAAAGAUUUUAAUAACUCUAUAGGCUCUUUCUUUUUCCUUAAGAUUAUUUUGUUAUUUUUAGAACAGUGUUCCAAAUUUUUUUUUUUUUUGUCUUUUUGCCUUUUCUUGAGCCUCUCCCGCAGCAUAUGGAGGUUCCCAGGCUAGGGGUCCAAUAGGAGCUGUAGCCACCGGCCUACGCCACAGCAACAUGGGAUCCGAGCCGCGUCUGCGACCUAUACCACAGCUCACGGCAACGCUGGAUCCUUUAACCCACUGAGCAAGGGCAGAGAUCGAACCUGCAGCCUCAUGGUUCCUAAUCAGAUUCGUUAACCACUGUGCCACGACGGGAACUCCCAGUGUUCCAAAUUUUUGAAUCCAGCAGUUCUCUAAGUAAAACUAUGAAUCUGAGUAUUUAAAAGCAACAUUUUACUAAUUAAUUCCUUAAAUACAUAUUUGUCACUGAACAUAAAAACAUUAAUAUUCAAGUUUAUUUGAAUUAGCUAUUGUAGUAACAAAGCCAGAGAAUUUUAUUAGAGGUCACAAAUACUGAAACUUUUAAUACAUACAGUUUUAAUACAAAUGAACUUAUUAAAAGAGCCAUCUAUUUACUACAAUUUAAGUUCUGUGAAUUUACUGAACAUUUAUUACUAUAUUCUUACGACAUCUUUCCUAACAAGCCUGCAGGAGCCAGAUUAAAUGCCCUUGACUCCAGUUUUUACCAAAGCAAAUACCCUGUUAGCUAAAAUGCCAUAUAUUGGAUAAUUCCUGGUAAAUUAUAUCUAUGUUAUAUAUGACAUUUAAGUCACAUUUUAACUUCAACAAAUUAGAGUUUUUAUUAUGAAUUGCAUAAAGGACACUAUGUCAUAUUUUACUUUAAAAAUGAAAUGUAGCUAAAGUUGGACAUGGGCUACACUUUGAAGAAGUUCAGGAUGAAACCUAUGUAUAUAUAGAUGUUUUGGCUCUCAUCUAAACUGUAUUUUUAAAAUGCAUCAAAAGGUAUGAAAGUCCUUGCUAAUUUGGAAGCCAAGAACAUCGACAUCUUUAUUUUACAUUUUAAAUAAUUUCUUUAGAAUUCUGUUUAAAUUCAAGUUAUGUAGUCCCAUAGUUAGCAAGACAUGAUGGAUACUUUUCCAGUAUUUUUUGCAUGGUAGAUUUUUGACUUGCUGAUGGAAUUAGACUGAUGUAUUAUAAAAAAUAUCCUAUAUAGCAUUUUUAAGAUUACUUUUAGAAAUCACUUAGUAAGGAAUUUAUAAGGCUUUCAUAAAGCAAAGAGUCUGCAAUCUUGGUAAACUGAAAUUAUUAUAUUAAUGCUUUACAUUUAACUUUUUAUAAAAAUUAUUUUAUGUAAACUCCUUCCAUUUUUAAAAAGUAAAACUUUUUAGCCCUGAGUUUGGUUUCAUUUUACAACUCAUUACAGGAAUGUAAUUAAAUAAAUUAAGCCACAAUGUGUAAGAAGCCUGUUUUGGUAUUAUAGAAGAAAAUCAUUAAGUACUAAAAUAAAAUGAAUUAUUGAAAAUGUGUAUAGUUAAUAGCAUGAAAGGUGAUGGCUGGGUUUUCACACCAUUUUAAGAUCUGGAAGAAGUAUUUUUUGUUGAACGUAAAGGAAAUAUUUUUACCAUUCAUUAUAUUAUCUGAUCUAGUUAAAAAAAAAACUAUUAGUUAAUAAUCCUCAAAGUUUUUUCUUACUAAAAUAUUGUCCAUAUAAAAAUCAGCUUCUACAACGUAGAAGCUUCAUAACAGAUUUUAAAUAAAACAUUUUUGGUUGUAUCUGAUGUCAUAAACUGAGUUUUCUAGCCUAAGGAGAAUAUAUAGCACUUCUUCCUUUUUUCAUAAUCCAUGGAGACCAUCUAAAAGUGGAGCUGUCAAAAACCGGGGCACAAAAACCAAUAUAAAUGGGUUACUGUGUGUAGUAGCUAAGUGUAAAAAUUAGGAAAUCAACCUGAUCUCAGAUAGAAAAACAAAGGAAAAAUAGUGAAAAUAUAUUGCUUAACAUCUAGUGUAUUGUGAAAGGGGACUAGCCAAGUUCAACCAAGUUAUUAAAACUCAUCAUUUGUAAGUUUGUAGAGGUAGAUGUUUUAAAUAUUCAAUAUGUGAAGGUAAGUAAGUCUGAGCUUGAGUUUUAGACAGGUCAUUUUAUAAAGCUAGACAUAUAGCUAGCACACAGGCUUAAAAAUGUAUUUGGUAAGCUGAGUUUUCAUUUUUCCUUUGGCGUAGACAUUAGGAUAUGAAAUGUGUUAUUUUAUUGAAAGCUAUUCUCACAAACAGCUGGAUAUAGCCUGAAUAAAAUAAUCCUAAGGUUGACUUUACUAGUUGGUAUUUGGGUAUGUAUAGGAGAGGAAAAAUUUACAUCUAUUAGUACCUGUUUAAAAAUAGUUUGCAUAAUAGGUCAGAUACUAAUAAAGAUUUAGAAAGUUUCCUUUAGCAACAGCUAAAGAUAUGUAAGUGGAUAUUGUAUACGUUUCUUUGCUUUGGUGCCACAUUAGACAUGUUAAAAACAAAGAUCCUAAAUAUGAUUAGCAAGAAACACAUUGAAAGUAUUAAAAAUCAUCUUACAAAUUGUUAGUAUAUACUUUACAAUUAUUGUCCUUUAGAUGUUUUCUCCAAAAUACCAAAGGGGGAAAAAAGAUAUGCUUUUUUUAGGUAAUAUUUUUUAUAUUAUUUGAAUUUUUUUUUUGUAUGCCUUUAUGUACUAUCUUUGGUUGUUUUAGAACUAUAUGAGGCUAAGCAUGAGGGGUUAGACUCCAUAUCAUAUUAUAUCAUGACUUCUAAUAAAAAGGACCUUGAUAAUUAAAAGCUAAAACAUUGAAAUCUUUUAUAGUUAUUAAAGCUGUUUUUGCUAUCAUGGAAUAUAUCACAAUUUAAGCAGAGCAGGUUUUUUUGGUACUAAUGAACUCAUACCACCGCCGUUUUUUCUUUAUUUUAUCUGGAGAGAAAAUGUAAGUAAUAUAUAUCUUUAAAGAACUGAAUGAAUGCACUGUGGAAGUACAUCAGUACGUUUUGGUAAAGGGCACAAUUGCCUACAAUAUAUUAGCUAAGAAAAACACUAAUGUAAAUCUUUUUUGAAGCAAAAUGCAAUUAUUCUUAGACUUUCGAAAUUUAUAAAAUUUUAGAACAAAAAUGCCUUGGUAUAUACUGAAUAAACCUGGAUUAUAAAUAUGCGAUUAAAAUGUAUACUGAAAACAUCAGACAAGUGGAGUAUUAAAUUGUUUCAUGAUCUUUUUGACUAGGGCUCUAAUUAUAGAACACUGGACUGUAACAUACAGCAUGCUACUUUGAAAAUAAAUGUAGCAAAAUAAAAUAUUCUCAAUGGAUGGACUGGCUUUUGGAUGUGCCAGAAUAUUCUUUAUAUUAUUUAUUCUAUAAACAUGCUAUUACAUUUUAUUCCUCAACCUAAAUAUUUCAGCCCAGAAACAUUUUGGUGAUAUACUCCAAAAAUAUAUACAUCAAUGGAUAGUUCAUUAUUCUUUAUGAGACAGGAUUAAAAAAAUUGACUCAUUAUAACUUGGUUAUCUUCUAAUAAAGUUUUAAUAUAACAUUUUUAUUCUUUCCUAACAGAAAUGCAAACCAACUUUAGUUCUUGGAGUGGACAUGAAAUUAAAAUUGUGAAAAAAAAAAAGAUUCUACAAUACUAAUUGUGCAAAUUUAAAUAAUGUUAGAAUAAAUUUCCAUGAAGUCAACUUAUUGCAUAUUUAUAUAAAAUGUUUGUUCCUUUAUUAUUAGCCCAAUCUUCUAUAAAAGGAAUAUAAUGUUUUGGCAGAAGAAAGUUGGAAUAUAUUUUAAAUAGGCAGCAUUUAAAGAAAAGUUGGCAUGACCAUUCUUUAAAAAGUUCUACUUAGUGUGGUGUUUUUUAAUGAUAAACUUUUCCAGUUCUCUAAGAGCAAUCAAGCUUUGUAUUUAAAAGGUGGAAUGUAAUGUUUUGGUUAAGUUUUGUUUAGUUAAAGUUAAUGUUUUGAAAGUCUAGAAACCUCACAAACUAAGACCUGAAUGAAAGAUAAAAAGGAAUAUUGACAGUGUUAAAGGGAAAAAUAUGUAUUGAACUAGACAUGAUAUAUGCACCGAAUACUUGUACUUGGCUAAGAUGCUCUAAGAACCCUUAUACUUCUUGUAUGAAUAACAAAAGCGGGUCAGAAGUAGAUAUGGAGAUAUUUGUCAGUAUAUUUAACAAUAGUGUCAACUUUGGCUUUAGUAAUUGGUAUAAAUAAAUGGUCAUAACAUGACAGAUUUCCAGAUAUUAUAUAUACAAAUUGUUUUUAUAUGUAUUAAUAUCUGGCAAAAUUUCUAAUGUAAACCUAAAAUCUGAAAUGUUUUAUCAAAAACAUUUGGUAAAAUAUACACAAACCUAAAUACAGUGAAAACAAAAUAAUGUGGAAGCUAGAAUCUUUUACAUACUUUAUCUCCUUAACAAGACAGUGUUUUUUGAAUUUAUGUAAUUACAACAAAUGGCCUGUUGCUCUGUAUAUUCUGUAUAUGCCAUGCUAUGUCUAACAAAUAUAAAGCAUCUGGGAAAAGAACUGUAAAGUCCAAACACUAAAUAUGAUUUUAAGUGGUUGUACAUGACAUUAUCAUGUUGAUAAGAUAAAUGAUGACCAAAUUUUUCAAACUUUGUCAAGAUGCCUGUUUUAUAGAUAUAAUCUUUGUUAUAUUUGUUACAGAUUAUAAGUCUGUGCUACUAAAGUGUGUGUGAAUUAAUAAAGGAAACCAUGAUUUUAUCUG